UUCCUUUGUGUACAUUGCCGCGGUGUGAUUCGGGAUCUGGAGAAAGAUAACGGGUCCCCUCCAGCCUAGAAAAGAAAAAAAAAAAUCGCUGCUCUCUCUGUUAGAUGCGCACAUGUACAGCUUGCGUUGCGGUUAUCUAAGGAGCAGCGUUGAGCCCAGGCCCGCCUCAGCAGCCUCUCCCCUCGGACUGUUUGCUGGGCGCCCAGGAGCUAGCUGAGCCGAGUUGAUGGUGAUGGUGAUGAUGAUGCAUCUGAGGAUUUAUCCCGGUAUCUCUCCCUGAGAUGGAGCCAGCGACGUUCAACUGGAGCUGCUAACAGCGCCCGAGAAGACCCUGGAUGGCUAAAUGGGGGGAGGAGUAGCUCUAUCGCACAGGGGUUUCUUUGACAUUUUCACCUUUUUAAACCUCAAUCUAGAUCAGAUUUAACAGACGUAACAUGCCGACUAGCAGAGAUAGCCAUUUUUUAGCCUAGCUUCACAGUAAAUCUCGCUUCGGCCGUCCUUGGAUGCUUCAGUGACAUUAAUUGGACGGUGCGUUUCAGAAUGGCACAGCUGAUGGAUGGUGCCGGCAAACUGAGCUGGGUUCUCCUCAAGUCUGUGAUGCGUUUCACCUUCAUGUUCUUCAACAACUGUGUGGCCAUCCCGUCCUACUGCUUGUACCUGCUGCUCCUCCAGCCGCUGAGAAUAUGGGACAGCUCCGCUUUCUGGCACAUCGAAGGAGUCAUGUUCAAAUGGCUACUGGCCAUGGUGUCUUCGUGGGGCUGGAUCGCAGGCUACACAGUCACAGAGUGGGGUGAUGAUGUACGGGACAUCUCUGAAGAAGAAGCCAUGGUCAUUGUCAAUCAUCAAUCCACUGGGGAUGUUUGCACUCUCAUGAUGUGCCUGCAAGACAAGGGCACGGUGGUGCGGAAAAUGAUGUGGUUGAUGGACCAUGUGUUCAAAUACACCAAUUUUGGUCUAGUGUCACUGAUUCACGGGGACUUCUUCAUCAGACAGGGUAAAGCUCACAGAGACAAGCAGCUGAUCUACUUGAAGGAGCAUCUAGAAAAGUACUACCACAGCCGUGACAGGAAGUGGAUAGUGCUCUUCCCUGAGGGCGGCUUCCUCAGGAAGAGGCGAGAAACCAGCCAGUUGUUUGCAAAGAAAAACUCUCUCCCUCACCUGACCCAUGUCACGCUGCCUCGCCUGGGGGCCACCCACGUUAUCCUGAAAACCCUGUCGGCUCAGCAAGAGAACGGAAGCGUGGGCAGCGACUCCGGGACCCGCAACCAAAGAGUUAAUAAAAGUAAAGGCCUGCAGUGGGUUAUAGAUGUGACCAUAGCAUACCCCAAAGCAAGACCGAUGGACAUCCAGACGUGGAUCUUUGGCUACAGGCCUCCUACAGUCACACAUGUACAUUACAGGAUGUACCCAAUAAAAGAGGUUCCUAUGGAGGCAGAGGCCCUGACUGACUGGCUGUAUCAGAGGUUUGUGGAGAAAGAAGAGUUGUUGGCUCACUUCUACAACACAGGAUCAUUCCCUCCUCCAGAUGGCCAGAAGGAGGCGGCUUCCCGGCAGAUGACCCUCGACCCCGUGUGGCUGUGCAUGGUCCAGUCGUUUGCUUUCGCCUCUGGCUACAUCUGGUACAAUGUCCUCCAGUACCUCUACUGCUGUUUAUUUUGAGCGCGCGGACGAGCCGGGAGUCUUUAUCGGACCACUGGAAAAGCCUCAGGAUCAGUCGCCAUGUGUGUGUGUGACCCAACGUCACACUUUAACCCCUUCCCCUCCCUUUGCCUCCCUUCUUCUACGAUGGAUGAAUGUACAUCUGCAGCAUUGGAGAGACCUGACAGGAAUCAAGGAAAAACUAAAUCAUGAACACAGAUUUCAAAAGUCCAUAAAAUACGACAACAGUCACACAGAUAGGUAACUCGCACACAGACCCAACGCCACACAUUCGCUUCCCCUCACCGUUCACAUUUUAAUGUUUACACGUUCUCAUACAUGUGGACACUUACAUGACUUUUAGUGGAAGGCGAUGAAACGAGGCUCAGGACCGGACUCGCUCCCCCCUCUCCGAGGCUUCAGCCGUUGUAGUUUUUCAGAGUAUGCAGUACGUCUGGACAUGUCCGUUCGACUAGAAGCUAAACGCCCUCACUCUUCUUCCUCGCAAGAGUCGCCGAAGCCCCCCCUGGACCUCUCUUUGAGCCCGCCGAUGAUUCAGCUGGCUACACGUUGCAGGGCAGGUGGCUGUUUAAAUGUUGAGGCGACGCAGCCUUCAUUGCACUAUGGAUCCAUACUGCCCUAACUGCUCCCCGCCCCAGGAAAGACUUCGAAAUGGUAGCUGUCAAUCGUUUAAUUUAUUUUUAAUUUCUUCCUUUUAACCCGCAUAUCUUCACAACGACCGCCAUUGUAUUUGUUGUCUUUAUUUGGGGGCGAGGGGAUGUUGUUUUUAAAUCAUCAGGACUGUUCCUGUCCAUGUGUCUAAUUAUGUGGCAGAGCUUGCUGAAAAAGUGGGAUUAUGUUUCUACUUCUGCUCAAAAUCUAAAGGGAUAGUAGCUGUGAUUCGUCGCUAGAUGAAAGAAGAUGGGACUUACCAAAACAUUUAUUUAAAAAAAACAGAAAGCUGAAAAUUUAACAAUGGAAAAAGUAGGAAAAGAUGAGCAGACUGGUCAUCUAAAAUGUACAGUGCUGUGAAAAGUAUUUUACCCCUUUUAGGCGUUUUUUUCUUUUCAGAUUUUUAUUUGCAUUUUUAUCGCUUAUGUUUCAGAUCAUCAAAAAACUUGGUAUCAGACAUAGAUAACCCCAGUACAAACAAAAAAAACCUAAUUUCAACUGAUUAUUUAAUUUAUUAAUAUGAAACUCAAUAUCAACCAUGUUUUGGUCCACAUUCAUUUGGAGAUUUUUUUAUUUUUCAUCUCAGCCACGUCGGAUAGUUUUCCAGCAUGCGUUGCAUAUUUGAGAUCAUAACACAUCAUCAUGUUUUAGUCCAGGCUUUGACUAGGCCACACAUUUUUUGGAGCCAUUCGGAGGUGGGUUUAUCUCAAGUGUGCUUGAGAUGAGGUGAUGAAUGAACAGAAGAAAAUCCUCCUUUAGGAUUUUCUGCUGCAGACCAAAAUUUGCUGUUCAAGUUAAUUAUGUAAAGUCAUAUUUGACAGCUUGUUUUCCAAAAUGCUACCAGGUUUGAAUCAUGUGUAAGAAGACGCACACCUUCCCAAAGGUAGAUUUCUUUUGUCUCAGGUUCACAGAAUAAUAGUUUCCCAAAAUUCUUGGGGAAGUUCAAGAUUUCCUUUGGCAGUUUGUAACAGACCUUUAUGGUCUUUGUGGUGCGAAGCAUGACACAUUUUGCCCGGGCUCUUUAUUAUUGUUGAGUACGGACUAUGAACCUUUACUGAGGCAAGGGAGGCCAGCCGUGCUUUAGAUGUUCGCUGACCUCCUUCAUGAGUCGUUGAUGCUUUUUUGGAGUAAUUUUAAUAUUUCUGGGGAGGUUCUGCAUUUGUGAAUAUUAACUUUCACUGUAGUUUGGAGUACCAGAAAUGAAACAAACACUGUAAACCUUUUUGGGUUGAUAGAAAUCUGUGACUUUUCUUUGAGAUUAUCCAGCCGACUUCAAGUUUCACCUCCAGUGGUCAAAAUUUUAUUCUUCAACCAAAACAAUGCAAUCAAUCACUGUUUAUUAAUUCUUAAAAGGGAAUCAGUUACCUCCCAAAAACGCAAAAUCUUACCAACUAUUUUUUGCCAGGUUUCUACUGCAAAUAGACAACUUGAAAUAAAACAAAACUAACUUACAAGUGAUGUUUCGGUCAAUAAUUCUUCAAUAUGAAUAAAAUCCUAGUUUCACAUACAAAUGAAAAAAUGUUUACCUUUUUAAAUCAAUAUUAAGGAAUUGUUGACUUAAAACGAGCUGCUGUAUCUUGCUGUUAAUUUUGUCCUACUUAAAGUAUGCUAAGGCAUUUGCACUAGAAACUAGAUGAAAAAUACUUGGUAAAAUUUUGUAUUUUUGCAGUGUUCUUUCUAACCGAGGUCCAUGUUCGUUUGGAUAACUCUCUCUUAAAUAAAAUCAUUGUCUGAAAUCUGCUUUUUAUAUUUAUUCAGGUUAUCUGUCUGAUACUAAUAGUUGAUCUGAAGCAUUUAGUUGUGAUUUAAAAAAACAAAAUAAAAUAAAUCUGAAACGGAUAAAAGAAAAUCGACAGCACUGGACCUUGUGGGUUCCUCUGUUUACCCGUCUACGCUGCAACUCACACACAAAAAUACUUUCAUGUUGCUGGAGGAUAUUAAACUUCUGUCCUGACAGUAAUUUCAGCAAAGCUGAAUGGAGAAAACAGAUAUUUAAGCCAUAUAAGACUUAUUGUUGGCGGUGAGAAAGUGCAUUUUGUUUCUUGAUUUUAUAGAAAGCUACCCUAAUGUUUAGCAUUCUACAAUAGAGAUUUUGGCAUACAGAGUUAUAGGUGUCAUAACUGUAAAUUUACAGCAUAACCUGCCUAAAUGAGUGUGUGUGAUCGUCUUUACCCCUCAUUUUUAUAUAUAAGACUCAUGUCGUGUUGCUCUGUGACGUCACAUUUCGAGAACCGUUUCACCUCCAGUGGUCAAAUUUUUAUUUCAAGUGUUUUUAUUUUAUUAUUAUUAUUUUUUUUUUAGACUAUGUGAACAGUUUUCGUUUCUCCAUGUCAUGCUAUGUUUAAAUCUUGUACAUAACAAAGUUGAGAAAAUGUUAGAAAUGACUGCAGUGUCUCUCAUUGGUGGUCCAUGAUCAUUUAAAAAAAUAUUAUUUUGAAAUAUGAAUGUUUAAGGAAAAAAAGAAAGGAUUUUACCUUAACUUUACAGUAUUACCCUGUGUUUUCAUUUUUAUUUUGUAUUUUUGGAAAUGUGCUUAUAAGGUUAUAGCUGCUGUACCUCCAUGUGUGCAGUGACACACAGGGGUCCAGUUGCAAACUGUUGAAAUAAUGAAUAUUUAGAAGAAGAGAUCUCAAGCCUUACCGGACGUGCCGGUUGAAUACAAUCUCAAAUAAUGCUGUUUCCUCUCGACACCUUUUGGGUUUGGUGUACGUUUCUGAAAAUUAUUGAGGUGACGAAGUAAAACUGAGUGAGGAAGGAGCAACCGUCACGAACGAUUGAAGCUCUCUCGAAUGUGCCCGUGUCGUGGUUUUAAAGGGUAUUUGUAACUUUCGUGGAGGAGCAGAGGUUAUCAAUAUCAAACUAAUGCAAAACGAAAGGUGCAUUUUAGUUGCUGCCUUCCUGCUGUGCCACUGUUGGUAAAAACUGUGUGAAAAACAAAAAAGGGCUACCUGAUUAGGUAGGUGAAAACAUUUUGAAUCAGACUGUAAAUGUGUUUCAUCCACUGUCCCCCUCAGACUCCCCUCCAUUGUGAGAGUGACUUGAAAUAAAGCAUAAUCUUACUGCUUUUAUUUUUUAUUUUAAUUUCAAUGUUUUCACUAUGUUUCCAAAGAAGGCAGGGGAAAUGUUUUAAAGAUGUGGUUUUAGGAAAUGAACACAAUAGGGAUUAAAACGUAUAAUGCUAGAAUUGUCUCUGAUUUUCCAUUUUGUACUUCUCCUCUUAAUUCCUAGCUGCACAGCCAUUUUACAACACAAACAACUUGUGCUGGAAUAAAACAUCGUAAAGAUCCUAA